AUGAAGUACGCUUUCGCUGGUCUGGCCAUCGUUGCCCUCGCCUCUGCUCAGUCCCUCUCCGACAUCCCGUCCUGCGCUCUGCCCUGUAUCCAGGAUGCUGUCACCUCCAGCACUUCCUGCGAUGUCUCUGACUUCGCCUGUGUCUGCGAAAACCAGUCCACCCUGACCGGUGCUGCUACUCCUUGCGUUAUCGAGAAGUGCGGUGCUGAUGUCGGUGUCAACGAGGUUCUUCCCGCUGUACAGAAGUUCUGCGCUGAGGUUGAGGCUGGCGGCUCCGGCAGCACCAGCUCCGCGGCUGCUCCGGCCUCGACCUCCACCUCCGAGGCCGUUGUCCCCACCACCACUGCCUCUGCUUCCUCGUACCCUACCACUACCGAGGAGGCUGUUACCACCACCACCAUCUGCCCCUCCUCCACUUUCGCCACCGCCUCUGCUUCCGGCAACGGCACUGUCAGCACUGCCUACCCUACCUCCACCUUCGUCACCGCUGGUGCUGCUCACAUCGCCGGCCCCGUCGGUGGCAUUGCUGCUCUUCUCCUCGGUGCCCUGGCUGCCUUUUAA